GUCUGUUCUGUCUAACGUUUUAGAACCAUUAAAUAUUUGAAAAUAUGUUUUCUCCAUACUCAAUACUCUCAGCUUUUUAAAGUACAGAAUGGUACGGUUGAGGUUCGUAAGCAGCGUGGUGGACAGGGCUGGAGCAUAAAUCAAUAACGGAUUUAUCAGAGGGCAGUGAGUUCAGAGGAACCUAGAAAGAUCUGGUGCACGUAGGCCUUUUCCAGAAAUAGAGGAUGCAGCAGCAACCCGAGCCUCUGGACAAUUGGCUCUACAGCGUAACACCCCAGGGGAUAGGCCAGGCUGGUUCUGAAUCCAGUGUCCCUCACUGUCUGACUUCAUUCAUCCCUGAACCGCCAAAGCAGUCCUCUUGGCUUUUGCUGCUGACGAGCACCAUAAAGAUGAAGCUUUUGCAGGCAGUGCUAAAACUGUAUUUAGAUGAAUCACAGCUGGUUAACCAGCUAACCAGUCCUUCUUUGAUUUUAGUUUGGCUUAGGGUUCCUUCCAACACUCAGUGUCUUGUCUCCUCUCUCCACCGCGUACAGACUUCUGAAUGGGACUCUGAAUGCCUUACCUCCCUGCAGCCCCUUCCUCUUCCCACGCCCCCGGCAGCAAACGAGGCCCACCUGCAGACGGCAGCCAUCUCCCUGUGGACCGUGGUGGCAGCCGUGCAGGCCAUUGAGAGAAAGGUGGAGGUCCACAGCCGGCGCCUCCUGCACCUGGAAGGACGGACGGGGACGGCGGAGAAGAAGCUGGCCAGCUGUGAAAAGACAGUGGCUGAUCUCGGGAACCAGCUGGAGGGCAAGUGGGCCGUGCUGGGGACCCUGCUGCAGGAGUACGGGCUGCUGCAGAGGCGGCUGGAGAACUUGGAGAACCUGCUGAGAAACCGAAACUUCUGGAUCCUGCGACUGCCGCCGGGGAUCAAAGGGGAUAUCCCAAAGGUGCCUGUGACAUUUGAUGAUAUCUCCAUCUACUUUUCCACUCCAGAGUGGGAAAAAUUAGAAGAAUGGCAAAAAGAGCUUUACAAGAAUAUCAUGAAGGGCAACUACGAGUCUCUCAUCUCCAUGGAUUAUGCCAUGAAUCAACCUGAUGUCUUAUCUCAGAUUCAGCCAGAAGGAGAGCAUAACACAGAGGAGCAGGCAGGACCAGAGGAGAGUGAGAUUCCCACAGACCCCAGUGAAGAGCCUGGCAUUUCAACAUCAGAUAUUCUGUCUUGGAUCAAACAAGAGGAAGAACCCCAGGUUGGGGCCCACAGGAGGCUAAGGAGAGCGACCCGCACAAGGGUGCCUAUUGCCGAUGAGGAGCUUGUCAUCAAAGCUGAAGGCCUUGCCCGAGCCUCCCUGUGCCCCGAGGUUCCCGUCACCUUCUCUUCUCCACCACCGGCAGCGAAGGACGCUUUUUCCGAUGUGGCUUUCAAAAGCCAGCCGUCUGCGUCCUUGGCACCUUUUGGACGUCCAGCCGCCGACCUGGCCGAAGCCUCUGAGGGACAAGUGACUUUCACGCAGUUGGGCAGCUACCCCCUGCCGCCUCCGGCCGGGGAACAGGUAUUUUCAUGUCACCACUGUGGCAAGAGCCUCAGCCAAGACAUGUUGCUGACCCACCAGUGUAGCCACACAGGUGAGCACCCCUUGGCCUGUGCCCAGUGCCCUAAGCACUUUCCCCCACAGGCCGACCUCAUCAGCAGCUCCCAGCCCACGCCAGUGAACGCCCCCACCUGCCCGCACUGCGCCAGAACUUUCACUCACCCGUCAAUACUCAUACACCUUCGGGUCCAUAACAGCACCGAGCGCCCCUUCCCCUGUCCGACCUGCCCCAAGCGCUUCGCGGACCAGGCCCGGCUCACCAGCCACCGGCGAGCGCACGCGAGCGAGAGGCCCUUCCGCUGCGCGCAGUGCGGCCGGAGCUUCAGCCUGAAAAUCAGCCUCCUGCUGCACAGCCGGGGGCACGCGCAGGAGCGGCCUUUCUCCUGCCCCCAGUGCGGCAUUGACUUCAAUGGCCACUCGGCCCUGAUUCGCCACCAGAUGAUCCACACGGGCGAGCGCCCUUACCCUGCACUGACUGCAGUAAGAGCUUCAAUGCGCAAGGAGCACCUGCUGAACCACCGGCGGCUGCACACGGGCGAGCGGCCCUUCAGCUGGCACUGCGGCAAGAGCUUCAUUCCGCAGCACCACCUCAUGAAGCACCAGCGCAUCCACACGGGCGAGCGGCCCUACCCCUGCGCCUACUGCGGCAGGAGCUUCCGCUACAAGCAGACGCUCAAGGACCACCUGCGCUCGGGCCACAGCGGGGGCUGUGCGGGCGCCAGCGACCCCCUCUGACAGCCGCCCGACCCCCCGGGGCCGCUCCUAACUGGGCUGGAGACUUCUGGCCUGGGCGUUAACACCGAAGGUCUAGAGACCAGUCAGUGGUACGGGGAAGGGAGCGGAGGGGGAGUUUUGUAAAUCUCGCUCCUUUCGCGGUUCUCCGUGCCCGCUGGCCCCUGGGCCCUCCGCGGUGAUCGCCGUGUGGCACGUCCGUGAGUUUGGGAUCUUACACACUUGACUACAGACACGCCGGAAUUUGGAACUUGACAACAUUACAAGAACACCACACUUUGAAACCCAGAAAGACCUGGAAAGGGACCCAGCAUCCCGAUCGUUUCAAAAGUAUUACCUAAGCAGAAGUUGUAUAAGAAUGUUAGGUACGAAUGUUGCAGAGAGUUAGGAAGCAAGAUUUGUCCUCUGGUAAUCCAUCACAGGGUCGUAAGGUAAUAAUGAUUGUGGCUCUAGGUAGGAAGGAGCCUCCCAAGUUCGAAGAGCCCAUCCUGAGGCAUGAGAAUGUCUCACCGAACCUCUGGUUAAUUCCUUGAUGGUGAGAUGGUGUUAGGAGGGAGUGCUGGAGCCUGGGUCGCGUGCGCCCCUUCCUGAUACCAGCUAAAACCUGCUCCUGUGCUGAUGUACUGCCUCUCCCGAGAUGAGAAUUCAAGACUGCCUUCCUAGGUUUCCUAGAUUAAUUCUUCUAAUACGUUUGUUUAAUAUCGGGGGAAGCAAGAAGCCUGACUUUAAAAAGCUUCUUAAGGAGAACAGUUUCCUAACUUGAAUAGUUUGAUUUGAAGAGUUCAGGCUCUUACUGGCAUUUAACCUGCUAGGAGCCUUUGUGGAGGUCCUGGUUAAAAAAGCGGGAGCAGUGUCCUUAGCCCCAGCUUUAAAAUCUAGAGAGCCCAGAGAAAUGACAGAACAGCCUGAAAUUUGUGCCUGAACCAUGACAUAAAAAUUUAUGUCAGAUUUUCCUUAUUUCCAGCUAAUAAGCUGGUUUUUCGUUCCUGCGUCUCAUCUUCUUGACAGUCAUCAGCAGAAAAGAUCACGGCGCUUUCCAGAAGCGUUACGGAGUUUCAGAAGUGCCCGGGCUCUCAGCUUUUCCUUUCCUCAGUAGUGAGAUGAUGGUGCUCUCCUCAGCUUUCUUGAGUUACCCGUGUCUGCGUGCCCCUUCCGCGCUCUCCCUUGGCAGUGGGCAGACUGAAGGGCUUUGUGGGUCCCUGAGCACCAAGCAGCCAGUACAGACAAGGGACAGCCCCUUCUUGCCUGUUCUGCUUUAGGGACCUUGGCUCCCAUGUGCUCGGAUCAUUCAGUCAGAGGAGGGCAUCGGAGUGUGGUCCCUGCACUAAUGGCUUUGCAGUGGGACAUAAGUCCCUUUCCCUGUACAGACUGCAAAUUUUCAUCUGCAAAUGGUGAGGCUGGUGGAAGGAAAAAAAAGUGAAAAUUAACAAAAGAAAUUAAAAAAACUCGUGGUUCAUUUCUUCUGCCAAAUUCCUAUCCUAACUCUGGCUUCUCUCCAGGUGAAGCCAAAUAAGACCCCUCCAAUCCAAGCAGAGACGUUCUUGUUGAAACUUGACCAAACUCGAUUUAUUUUAUUCCGGCUGGGAGCCUGAGGUGGGAGAGACUGCCCUAAGUCUUGGGCUGUAACGCUGUUGAUUCCUACCCUCUCUUGUUUCCCCUGAAUCUUUCUCAGAUGCACUGGAAACAAGGUCUGCAAGUACUUAGACAGUUUUCUUGAUGAAAUGAUAAGGGAGGCACCCAUUUUUUCCCUUAUCACCCUAGCCCAGCCUUCACCCACCUAUCUAUGCAUAAACACACUAGGAAAAAGGUUUUGCCCUGGCUAGCUUUGCUCCUGGGAAGGCUCUGUCUGAACAUGCUGCCCUUAGAGGACAAUUGCAUUUAUGAAACAUCUGCUCUUGGCAUUCACAAUACCAGGGGAUCACGGAGACCUAAGAAUGAGUGUGGACCUGAUUCCCUGCCAUAACUUAUAGUCUGAAGGCAAUGAGAAAAUCCAGUGUAGAACAAACCAGGACAACUGAUGAAAAGAACCCAGCAUAUUGGGAUUAGUGCUUUCUAGUUAGAAUCUAGACCAAUACUAUAGGUAAAUGUAGGGGCUCUGGGGCUCCCAAAGCCAGGGUUCCAGCUUCACUGGUGACCUACUAGGAACUUGUUGUGAGAUCCAGCUCUGGUUGAACCUUGUCUCCUCAUUAAAGGGGACAAGAAUCAAAGCACAUACCUUAGGUGGUGAGUUCCCUUUCUGGAAGAUUUGAAUAUUUGCCUGGGUGUGCUAGAAAGGGAUCCCUACAUUAGGUGUGGUGCUGGUCUAGAUAACGUCAAAACUCUCUACUCAAAGAUUUAACGAGGGUACAGAGCUUGUUAAUGAGAGAGACCUGUGGGUUAAAAUGCUACAUAUACAUCCCACAUCUUUUCUGCAAGGAACUGUAGUCAGCAGGGACCCACACUCUGGCAAGAAGUUGAACAACGGUUCAGAUAUCAAUGAGGUGGUUCAAAUGCCAUGGCAAUAGCCAUGAAGCUGAAUGACAGGGAAUGGGCAGGGCCAUGCCAGAAAGAUGGAAGUCCGUGUUCUAAUCCUCAGCCCCAUACACACCAGGGGUUUUCGAUUGUGCGUUCUGGUCUCCUUUCCCUGCAACCGAUCCUCUAACAGGUAGAACUCCGGGCCAGCUCUAGAGUUUGUUUGCUUAAGAUUCCUGAGCGGAUGCAUAAAUGUAUCGGUGGAAAACUUAAGUUCCAACAGAAAGGUUUCAGAGUGUGGAGAAACUUGGUCCAUCGAGGGCUCUUGAGAGAAACCAUUUAACUGCAGUUGAAGUAGCUGAGGAUUGGUUGUCAUGACCAGCAAGAUAGGAAAAGACGAGAACCCAGAAAUGUGCUCUCCGUCAGUCUUGCCCCUGGGCUAAGAGGUCUGUCACGUACAAUAGGCAUAUCCCCUUGGAGUAGAUCCAGAUAUUGACUCUAACCAGAUUCACUCUUGCUUGCCAAGUUUUUCAUCGUCAACCAUUAGAUGAGCCUCUGUUUCAGCCACAGGUGUGAAAAUAAAUGGAAGUUGAUUGCUUGUCUAGAAAGUGAAAGAAGACUCUGGUCCUUUCUGCUGGAUAUUUAAUAUUGGAAACACGGUAGCUGGGCUCUGGCUAGAGCAGUGCUUUACGUAAACAAGACUGCAAGGUUCCAGUGGGAGACUGCUGGGCUGCUUUUUGGAGCGUUUUGGAAAGACUUGGGUGACCAUGCCCAUCUCAACCAGGAUGAGAUCGGAUGGCUGCUUACUGGGGAAUAACAAACGUCCACUGUCUCAGUCCGCAAAAACUUUGUUGAUAAUAAAGGACCCGGGUUCCUUUAUUCAUAACAAAUGGGACGGAGAACCCAGUUUCUGCUCAGGUUUUCUCCGAGGAGAGUCAGAACGCCCUGGUCCUUCCCCCCCACCUUCCACCCCAUAUUGAAGCUUCUUAGACAACAAAAAGCUGUCUGAGGGCUGCUCAAUAGCAAUGAGUCAAAGCAAGUCUUUCCCCAAAUGGCUCUUAUAGAUGAGGAACUCUGUUAUCAUCAGAUAGGUUUCUUCUGUGUGUUUGGUGGAUGCUUUCACCCUGUUCCGUUAACUCUACAAACUCACAGGGUCUAUACAUAGGACAUCCUUUGAGUAGGGAAGUACCAGGUUCUUUAAGCAAAAACCUCAAGUUAGGUCAAACUGGCAGGGAGGGGAGGAGGGGAGGGGGACGUGCACAGCGCCUUAACUGAAGGACACACGUGGGUUAGUAGAGCUUAAUGGGCACAGACUCUGAGUCAGACCUGUAUUCAAGUCCUAGCAUCAUCAGAAAUAUCAUAACAUAUGCUAUGUAACCAUCAUGAGCCUAGUUUCCUUAUCUGUAAAAUGGAAUGACAUCUAGGUCUCAAGAGGGUUUGGGGCUUAGAGGAAAAGGAAGCCUGUGUGAAGUGCUUAGCUCAGAGCCUGCCAACACAGGGGUCAGUAUGGAAACUAUCCAGAAAGGUUACGGGACCGACUGGAGAGACGAUCCUAAGUCUGGGCUGCUCUACAGAAGCAUUUAAUUGCCUGAUGUCUCAGCUUUUUGACUGCUGUCUUUUGCUUCUGUUUAACCUGUUCUUGUAUUCUGUCUUUCCUGUACCUCCUGGUUCCCACAGGUUUCUGUGUACCUUGACCCCACGUGGCUCUGAUUCUUUUGUUUUUCCUUCAGAUUCUAAAGCCUGCGAUGUGGCCCAGCUCCCCUUUCUAUACCAGGUCACAAAGGUUUCCAGCCAACCCUUGGAUUGGCUGCCCUUGGGCUGCACGCUCAUCUUGGUUCAGUCAGCUGUGGUCAGGAGGAAACGUCCUGUGCUUCCUGCACCAGGGUCUGUGGCCCUGGGAAUGGGCAAACGGUGGCACAGGGUUGUAUUUCUGGCACCACCAGGACAGGGGACAGUCUCUGUUUCAAAGACGUCUACUUCAUUAGGACUUUAAGAGACCAGAGCUUAUUGUCCCUACCAUAAGGGAACUAGAAGGUACUAUUUAUGUAUCUUGCAACAUGAGCAAUCUCUUACCUUCUAAGGUGUUAACUCCUCCCUUUCUGGCCCCGCUCUAGUUUCUUUUCAAAUGUGUAACUCUUGCCAUGAUCCUAUAUAUACGCAUACACAAUGACUUCUGUCAGCUAGGUCAUGUUGUCUCUCCAAAACAAAAAAGUAUUUCACCCCUAGGGCCAAUCAACCACUAAAGGAGGCAGAGAGAUACGGCCCAAUCAGAGAAGCCUCAGAAGCAGUGUGCUGCAAUGCUCUCAAAAACUGCCAGGUACAUUUGAAAUAUUUGAUAAAGUCUCAUUGAGCUAUGUGGCUUUAAUGGCAAAGCCAUUAUUUACUGUAAAAUCUUGAAACUGGUCUAAAAAGUGAGCUACUAACCAAGAACACAGGCCAUAUCCUGUUUUGUAUCCCUCACGGGCCACGUGCUGAUAGGGACAUGGGUGUUCAGUGCAUAAUCAUCCAGUGGAAAGACCACCUGAGCAGGAGUUAAAAACGGGAUUCUGGCCUAGCUGAACACUGUUUACUUGAUAGGGAGCAAGCCACUUAAUUUGUAGGUCUCAUCUUCCUAAUUCUAAUAUGCAGACAGAACACGAUGGUUCUUCCAACUCCAAAAUCGUGGAAUUUAAACAUUUUACAUCUGGGUCCUGUUUUCCUUGUCUGGUUUCUCCCCAGAUUUUGCCCUGUUGAGAGAUUGCAUCUGACACAGUAGAAUAAAACACCUUGGAGAGGUAUGCAUUCGUAGACUCCUAUUCUAACCGUAUUAUAAUUACUCCAAAGCCAUACAAACUGACAAAAUUCCAGCAAAACUAUAACAUUUUGUUUUAAAUACACAGUACACAUUCGACUGCAUUUUACUUAAAGCACAGGAAGACAAAAAGAAGGCGUACCAAAAUAACAAUGAUGGAUCUAGGGUGCUGGGGCCAUUCAGUGGUUCUUUUUGGAAAGUGGGUUCUUCCUCCCCAUGUUUGUAAUGUAAAAUACUUUAUGUCCAGCAUCUAUAAUGCUUUUAUAAGAAUAAGGCUUAUCGUAAUGAAAAAGUUCUUGGAAAGGAAGUCAGGAGGCCAGAGUUUGAAUCUCAUUUUGCUUUUCUCAUUCCUAGUAUGAGGAUAAUGCCCACUUUACUAACUUUACAUAGGUCACUCAAAUGAGGAAAGGUCUUUGAAAGCACUUUGAAACAUACUGCAGGCCUAAGAAAGUGUUGACAUCGAUGCAGAAUUACUUGUUGACCAGUUAAACAAUUUCCUGGAUGUUGUUGGUGCAUCUUUUCGUUCAAGGCCAGGCAGCGGUUGUUUCUUCGCUUCCAGUCUGCCUGCCUGCGCUGGGGAGAAGCUGGCCCGAGACGGCAAUUUGGGAAGCAGUGGGAAGAACGGUAUGUGUGAGCAGAGACUGAAAACAAAGCUUGGUGCAGAAAGUGUCAGACCUAUCUAUAUAAUGCGUUCACUUCUACCAGCAACUUAUGCCAGAUAACCAGCUUUAUGUAUAUGAGGAAUUGUAACAAAUUAGAAAGGCGAGCACAUUACUGGAGAGACCGGGCUACACAGGCUGAAUUCAAAAUCCAGGAAGUACAGAAAGCAGUCUACACACGGCAGUUCUUGGCGUUGAAUUGUAGUUGUAAAAAAAUUGUGUAAGGAAAACAAUAUCUACAAGCCAAGCUCACUGAGUAAACAGCAGGAUAAAAACAA